AUGUCAAGAUGUCCAACAUGUCGUCAUGAUUUGAAACUUGAAGAUUUUCAUCCAGUCACUAUACGUCCUUUUCUUAAUCAACUAAAUCAAUUACUUGUGAAAUCAGUCAAUCUUAAAUGUGAUUGGAAAGGAAAACGUGAUAAAAUACAAGAUCAUGUUAGUAUAUGUCCAUUAAUAAAGGUUCAACCGAUGAUCGUUGAACUCACUGAUUUAGUUAAACAACAAUCAGAACAAAUACGUUGUCUCGAUACAUUAGUUAAACAACAAUUAGGGCAAAUCCGUUUUCUCUAUACAAUACUUGAGACACAAGCGAAGUACAACAUUGAGGCGUGUGAAGAAAAUUACGUUGAAAAUACAGUAUUAUGUGAUAUCUGUGAACAAAAAGUUGAAUUCUAG